AGUAUAAACUAUAAACGACAGUUUGAGCUAUGGCAAUGUGUGGUUUCUUGCGUUCGUUGUAAUAUUUUUGGCUUAAUUUGUUAAAUUGGUGUCAUUGAUGGAUAAAACGAGUUUUAUUAUAAGAUAAAAACAACGAAUAUCUAUAGGAUACAAACUUUAAAUAUACAUUAAAGGGAUAUAACUAGUGGACAUGGAGGAGAAUUCUGAAAUUCAUAUGGAAACAGAUGUUUCUUUAACAACUGAGAGUGCUUGUGACACUGAAGACGUGAUGGAAACUCAUGGCGACGUAGAAACAGUCAUAAUUGUGGAAAAUACAGCUGAGGAAGAACUGUUUGGAUCUUUAAACAGUGAUACUAUUAUAUGCUCUAAACCAUCAACUGAAAUGAAUAGCAGUGAUAAUGGUUCAGAAGGUUCACAAACAAAAAUGGUACCUCAAACUACUAUCAAUGAUGUAAGGAAUGAUGAAGAACAAUCCUUGUAUAGACAUGAUCAGGAGCACAAAACAUACAACAACAAGCAUAAGGCAUCUAGGAUUGAACAGCUACAGUCACCAUUGAAGACUGAUGAUUCCCAGUCGACACUGAAUGAACAGUCUUCACUACCUGAUAAACAAAAUAUAAAUAGCAAUGAAAAAUCACCAACAAAGAAUUGUCAUGAACAGAGCCCACUGGAAAACUCCAAGGCUAUACCUGAAACCGAUGAUUCAAAGAAGGAUUGCGAUGAUGAUAAUCAUUCUUUGGACACUGAAGAGUCACAGGAUUUGAAGACAUCUCCAUUAAAAGGGAUUGACUCAAAUAACACAGAUAAAGAACAACCUGUUUUAAAAAUUGAUCAAUCACCUAAAACUUACAUAUCUAGACAUAAUUCUCAAACUAAGUGUGAUCAGAAACAAAACAUUACAUGCACUAUCUCCAGCAGUGCUGUCGAUGAUGCUGACUCCGAUGAUGUGAUGAAUCCUGCUUUGAAUUCUAAUAAAAACAUUGAUGGAACUUUAGCAGCCCAAGUACAGAUUCCAUCGCAGAAUUCACCAGAACCGGCUUUAAGUGAGCCUGAUGAUAAAACUAUUAACUCUUCUAACACUGACCAGGAAGAAGACUGUAUGAAACUAACUUACACAUCUAUUGAACCAAGUGAAAAUGACCAUGAUUCUCAAACGGAAAAUAUGUCAGAUGACAAAGAUCAAAAUAAAAAUAUUAGCAGGGAGCUAAAAUCACUCAUAAAAUCAGCCAAAGAAUCUAAAAUCAUCAGUGAAUGUAAUCAAGUUACAAGCAAAACCAGAAAAUCGAGAUCAACUCUAGACGCUAGUUUGAAUACAUCAGUAGAAUCUGGCAAAAUUCAAGAUAUACGAAGAAGCAGUGUUAAUUCACAGAAAAGCAACUGCAGUGAAAAGUCAGAGAAGGCUCCGAAAAGGUCGAUGAGGUCUCAGAAUCCUGAAUUUGUGAAUAAGGUAAAACAAUUUCUUAACUCUGUAACGGGAAAGAUUCAUAAAACUGAUUCAGACGAAGAAAUCGAUGUUGCGAAGGAGACGCAAUAUGAAACAGUGUACUCACCGUCUAAAAAGAAAAAACAGUUUGAAAAUAUGGAAGUAGAUCCAACAACGAAUACCAACAAGUUACGCACAGAUCCUUACUGCUGGCGGUGUCAUUGGGCUGUUGAACCGGUUGCCAAUGAAAAGGGUCAUCCUCCGAUGCAAUGCACCGUUUGCCCUCGAGCUAUACACUACAAGUGUCUCAACAGCAAUGAAAGAAAUAAGAUAACAGCUGAGAAGAGUUGGGUCUGUCCCGAAUGUAUGGUUGUACUUCAUGCUGAGAGUUCGGAGACCAGAUCACCGGCCAUGAGAAAAGUUUCACUGGGACAACUUUGUGAGCUGCUCCAUUACGCUUUGAGAAGACUGAAAAAUUUGAAUGGGGUGGAACCAUUCCUUCAGCCAGUGGAUCGCACCGUAUUCCCAGACUACGACAACUACAUAGUACAUCCGAUGGAUCUGUCGCUGAUGAAGGAUAAUAUAACCGAAGGACUCUACGGCAGCACGGAAGCGUUCCUAGCUGACACGCAAUGGAUUUUACACAAUAGUAUUAUAUUCAAUACAUUGCUUCCCACAGUGCAAUCCAAGCUGACUGGCGGUGCGAGGGCCCUGGUCCGUUCUUGUAAGGCUGAGAUGGGUGAGAUUGAAGCCUGCCCCGAGUGCUAUGCAGCGGCACAUGCCAGGAAACCCACCUGGUUCACUGAUGUCUGCUCAACACCACAUGUGCUACUUUGGGCUAAGCUUAAAGGUUUCCCCUAUUGGCCGGCCAAAGGUAUGACGGUCAGCAAUACUGGCAUGGUCGAUGUUAGGUUCUUCGGAGCCCACGAUCGUGCUUGGGUUCCAGCGAGAGACUGCUUUUUAUUCUGUGAAAAAGAUCCGAAUAAUUUCAGAUCGAAACGUCAGGAUAUAUUGGAUAGUAUGCAGGAAGCGGAACAACACAUACGUAAUAUAUCCCGGAAAUACGGCCAGUACGUGUAUCCGCCUUUCAAGACACCGUUCGAUCCAACAAAACUAACCGAGCAGUUAAAGAUGAUGAUACCAACAUUUGACGGUGAGGUCGGUGUGUCUGUUAGUAAACAGACGAAUUCCCCAACAGUCCCUAAAGGGAAAAGCAGGUCGAACUCUAAAAGCUCCAAGAGUUCGGGCAAUGAUGGUGAUGUGAGUGAGUGUGAGGACGUCCAGGAAUCCAGAAAAAUGUCUGGCGGUGCUGAGAUAGCUCGUGAUGAUGACUUUACACCUGAAAAAAAUGUUUGUUAUUACAGAAAUAAAACAUCAGAGCUACAUGAUAGCGAAAAAGAAACGACACGCAAGCGUCGACGAUCGGAGCUCGAAGAGGCGGUUAUAACUAUCAUGGACAGUUCCAGUGACAAACGGAGGAAAGUCGAAACCGAUAAAGUUGUUGUGAAGAAGGAAACCACAAAAGAAAUUGAUACCAGCAAAGAGAACGAAGUUAAUACAGAAGAUAACAGCAAGGAAGCAAACGAGAAGGCUCAAGAAGUAACGGCUGGUAACGACAAAGCAGUCGCUGGAAAUAGUAUGGAGGUAGACGUUACUCCCAAUACAACACCGGUCAAGACAACUCCUAAAGUGAAACCAAUAAGAAUCACUCUAUCCAGAGACAACGACAGAGCUAUAACGAUACCAAAGAUCGUGAGGUCGGACAAAGAAGUCGAGGUGGACAAACUGAGCGACAAAAAUAAAUCACAGAAGAGAAGGAACUCUAGACACAAACACAUCAACAGUCAGAACGGCAAGGCGGAUAAACAGGAAAAGAAAGUCGAAAAAGAUAAUAUAGUCAAGAUUAUUAUAAAAGAUAAAAAUAAAGAUACAUGUAAGACCAAAGUGUCGGAUGAUAAAUGUGAGAAAUCAAACAAAACGGGGCCGGACGCCAAUAAAUCCAAGGAGCAAAACGAUGACGACGCCACAUUAGCCGUCAUAGCUCGCGAAGUAACAAAGGCGAACGUUUCCGGACUACCCACCAUAAGUAGUGUUCGCAGUUUAUCAACUACCGCCCAAAACUUGGACACUACCACGGUAACUACGACCUCAUCGCAAACUACGGAAGUCACUAUCACGGUCAGUGCCAAUUCAAGCAUAUUUACACCCACCAGUACAGAAAAUGUUCGUAAUAUCAAGGAGGCGGUGCAUAAAUUACAGAAAUUGAGAAGCGACGAAACGCCUCUGGUUGGAAGAGUCGGAGUGCGAGCGUUCGCCCGGAUGACGUCACCGGAACCACGGACAAGCAAAUUGGAAAGCAUGCUGGUUGAAGUGAAAUCGGAACCGAGCGAAAUCGAAGAUACAGAGAGGCAGGUUGAGAAGGUGGAUAUGAUGAAACAGUUCCACCUACGACCGGUGAAUCCACCGAACGCUAACUUGAGGGAAGUACGUAUGAACAAAGUCGUGGUCGCGCCGCUGGCUCGUAAGACCGUGGCCAAACAACCGGAUGCGAGGAUCAAGGCGAAGAAAACAUUCCCACAGCCGAGGAAGGUCGAUGACGGCAGAUCGGAGUUGAACAGUAAAAACUCCAUGGUGUACAUUCCUAUACAGCCGCCGAGCACACAAGCACCCGUACGACCCACCAAGCCCAUCACUAUAAAUGGUACAGCGAACACGCAGACUGUUAGACCCCCAGUAACCGCCACAAGCGCAGCUAACAACAUAGUGAAUACAAUGACGACCCCGCUUGUACCAUCGUCAUUAAAUCCAUGCGUCCAACCGACCACAGUCGCCACUACCAAUACGACUUGCUUGACCACCGUUACCCAAGCACCAACAUCUGGCUCGAACACUGGGCCAGCUAAUUUCGUCCAAGUGUCCAACGUGAGCCAAUCUUCCGUUAUUGGGCCAACCACAACCGUCAGUCCGGUUUCGACGACUGCCCAAUUGCCAACAGUUGGCCAAUUGAAUGCCAUCGGUCAGGUGCCGACGAAUGUCCACACGGUACCAUUGAUAACAUCCGUCAAUGGCCAGUGGACGUUCAGCUUGCAACCUAUCAUGUCUGUCGGCGGCCUGGACGAGACGUCGCCUUUAAUAAACGGACUCCCAGACCGCAGCACGUCCUUAGCGCCGUUACCCUCGUUGCCUGGUGUACAAACCAUACAAAUGCCGUUAAACACAAUAUGUAGCAACCCUGAAACUCCAGGCGAGCCGCCUCGCUUGCAACAGAAGCCGCUGUUGAACCCCUUGGACCCGAGUACUCCGAUCGGUGCGGUCCCACCUCCAUCCACCGCUGGACCUCUCACAGCUAAACUAAACCAGAAUGCUGUUAAGCUAACAGACUUCUUUCGAACACUUCUGGAGGACACAUUGGAUAAAGUGGAUGAACCAGCAGCCCAGGCCACCUUACUGAAGAUGCAGAUAGAACAUAUGCAGUGGAGACACAUGCAGGAGAUCAGGGAAAUGAAACACAACCAUGAACUGACGGUUACGGAAAUGCGAGCUGCGUACGAGAAGGACAAGGCGCGUGCUGUUAGUGAGGCGCGGCGGACAGCUCAAGUUGAGCUGGAGGCAGCUGUAAAAGCCACUAAGGCUAAGCAGUGGUGUGCUCAUUGUAGUCAGGAGGCCCAGUUCUACUGCUGUUGGAAUACUUCCUACUGCGACUACCCUUGUCAGAAAGCUCACUGGAACACUCAUUACUCGCAGUGCACACAACAGAGGAAUGCGGCAACUAACGGAGAUAAUGCUAACGCGAUAGAAAAAAGAUUGCAAUCGGCUCCUGAAAGUCUUCCAAAGAGUACACAAGCGCCGGCACUCACAGUCGGCAAUAAAUUGACAACAACGCGAGUGUUUUCCCAAGACAGCACAGCUCAGAAGACUUCUAUCAUAGUGAGUAUGAUGGAAGAUCAGAGCGGUAAUCAGGCGAUGAAGUGUGUGGGGACGUACAAGGCGCCCGGCAACUCGCAGGUUUCACCCCUUGUUGUUAAUAAACAAAUCAUGAACACAGAUGAAGGUUCAAAGAAGGUGGUGACAUCUGGCGGUUAUCUCAUAGUGGGGGGAUCCACGCCGCUAGUGACGCCGCCGCGCCGCACUCACACCAUAUACUACACGUGAAAAACACCUGACACAUAGUGCCAUCUGUGAUAGACUAUAGUGCAUUAGAUUACAGUCGUUUUUACAAGUACUGUACUAUAUAUGAUUCAGUGCAAUCUUUCAAAGUAUUAAGCUUUGGAUUUCGUAAUUCGGUUGUUGACAUAUAAAUUAUUUCUUUUGUUAAGAAAAGAAAUUGUGUUUUUUUUUUCUUUGGAGUCAUCUUUAAUUUUAACUAUUCCACAAUACUCAUAUAAUAAUCACACGCUCAACCUCUACCAGGAAUAAUUGCAAUGUUUUGACAAACGGUUGUACUAAUAUAAUAUGUGGGUAUUAAAAUAACAUUUUGUAAAUAAUGAGAAGAUAAAUUUAUCUCUAAACAAAAAUAAAGAAAUCCAUCUUCUAAUUAAUAAUAGGAAUCGAUCAUGCGAAGCGUACACUAAUGUUUCUCGUAAGGUAAAAAAGUCAUUAUAUUUUUAAAUAUCUAUUCUUGACUAUUUUCUAUUCAUCGUAUGUCUCAUAUUAAGAUUUGAAUGCCAAUCUAUAUUAAGCUAUGUGUAUAUAUAAAGUAAAUUUUAAUGUUUGUUUAGUUGUGUGCAUGUUACAAGUAAUGGCAGAAACGCUAUGCAUUUAUAAUAAUGUGCGUACAUACAUAUGCAUUAUAUUGUAUACUUUAUCGAACCAUGGAUUGACGGACACAGAACGAUGAGCUCCAAAACAAUCUUAAUAUAUCACAGUAGAUUACAGUUAGUACACAAUACAGAAGAAUUAUUUGAUAAUAAUUGAAUAUUCUAUUUGCUUUGAUUGUAGUUUUCUUAAUAUUACUACGUUUAGACAGUAAAAGCUUUGAUGAGACAGAAUAAGCAUUUUGAAAGGAUUACUUCAUGAUAUGUUAAGACUGGUAACAUAAGUUAAUAUAAUUUACCUUUAUGAAUAUAAUGCUUCGUGUCAGCUGAAUAUGUGAAAAUAUGUUUAGUGACAGCAAAAACGGCAACAAUUGAUUAUUGGCACAGUUUUACUUUGAAAGUAACUCGUGCCGUUGUUUGGUCUCUGUAUAUACAUGGGUUUAGACGUGUACAUAAUGUUCACUGUAUUUUAAUAUACCUGCUUCGGUUUAUAUAUUUUAAAGAAAUAUGAUUUAAUUUUUAUUAUAUUUUAACUCUGAAUACAUUUUUUUUCCUUUACCAAACAGUAACGUAAGUCUUGCUUUUAAACCAGCGGCAGGGCAGCGCUAGUAGUAUCCUUAAUUCAUUUUUCUCAUAUUUUAUCUUAAUUCAUAAAGCCUCAUUUUUUAUAAGACACAUUAAGAGGAUGGAAAUAAGUAUCUUGUACAAAUUAAAUUACUUUUAAUGGAUUUGUGACUGCUCAGUCAUUCUCAUGUGGAAUUAUUUGUUGCGUUGGCAAUACUCUAGAUGUGUAAGAUUCGAAAUGUUUUAGUUUCAAUAAAGAAAUUAUGAUUAUAAA